UCCUUCUCACCGGCUGCCGCCAGUCCGCCGCGCGCACGUCGUCGCACCGGUUCCUCGCAGAUCCGCUCCGUUAUUUAUUGCGUGGUCCUAUACUUUUUUUUUAUUAUUACUUCUCGGUUAGGAUCCUUACAAGCUUUGAAGCAGGCACAAACAAGUCGUCCACCACACAUGUGAAUAUAAUCGUGUUAUAAACGAUAGCAAUUACUUUUCGGAUUGGUUUAACGUCCCCGUUGAACGUGCGUGAAAGGUUGUCCGUGGGAAUGUAAAGUCCUCUCACUCCACGCUCCUCGGACGGCCGGUCUGCACGGGGAAAUGGCCUUCUCGUCGUGUAUGGGAACAUGAUGCUGGAGAUGGAGGAGCUAGUCAAUGAAAGCAACGGGAUGGUGAAGACGCUGGCCCUCAUCUGCUUCCUGUCUCUGGUCAUGCUGAUGAGCAUUCUGGGAAACCUGCUGGUCAUGACGGCCGUCUGCAAGGACCGCCAGCUAAGGAAAAUCAAGACCAACUACUUCAUUGUCUCGUUGGCGUUCGCCGACCUGAUGGUGUCGGUGCUGGUGAUGCCGUUCGGGGCCAUCGAGCUGGUCACCCAGAGCUGGAUCUAUGGAGAGACCUUCUGUCUGGUCCGCACCUCUCUGGAUGUCCUGCUCACCACCGCCUCAAUCAUGCACCUCUGCUGCAUCGCACUCGACCGGUACUAUGCGAUCUGCUGCAAGCCGCUGGUCUAUCAUAACAAGAUGACCCCUCUGCGGGUGACACUGAUGAUCGGGGGCUGCUGGGUCAUCCCCACCUUCAUCUCCUUCCUACCCAUAAUGCAAGGCUGGAACAGCAUCGGCAUCUACCAUGUGGUCGAGGAGCGACGCCACAGCGAGGGCAGCAACUCCACGGCGUGCGUCUUCAUGGUCAACAAGCCGUACGCGCUCACCUGCUCGGUGGUGGCCUUCUACAUCCCGCUGGUCCUCAUGGUGCUGGCCUACCAGCGCAUCUACGUGACGGCGCGCGCCCACGCGCGGCAGAUCAGCAUGCUGCAGCGGGCGGGCGACGCCGGCGACUCGGCCGCCAACCAGCGCAACCACCGCAUGCGCAUGGACACCAAGGCGGCCAAGACGCUCUGCAUCAUCAUGGGCUGCUUCUGCCUGUGCUGGGCGCCCUUCUUCGUCACCAACGUGGUCGACCCCUUCAUUGACUACACCGUGCCGGGCCAGCUGUGGGUGGCGUGCCUGUGGCUGGGCUACAUCAACUCCAUGCUCAACCCCAUCCUCUACGCCUUCCUCAACAAGUCCUUCCGACGGGCCUUCCUCAUCAUCCUGUGCUGCGGGAGGAAGCGGUAUCGCCGGCCCUCCCUGCUGGCCCCCCGGGGGCCCUGCGCGGCCACGCAGAUCAACGGCUCCACGCACAUGCUGAAUGGCUGCUCCUCUGCUUCCAAGCUGCUCCUGUGGUUCUGCAACACCAGGCCUGUGCCUGUCUAGAGGUAUUCUGUUCUCCACAAUGGUCACACGAAGGAGCAGGAGAAGAAGAUUUUACACAUCGAGUCACGCGAGUCCUGCUUGUGAGGACUGUCUCUCUCUCUCACACACACACACACACACACACACACACACACACAGAGGAUCAAUUCCACAAACGUGCAUGGACCGCCGUUGCCAAAACAUUUGGCUUUGGUCCAGCCAGGGGUCUUGGCGUCCCACCCAUGUGGUCCACAACCCACAACCUCCUCAGACUGGGAGCUGGACCUCUUGGGUCUUGGGCAGUUCUGAAGAAAUUCUCUCCGCCACGCCGGUCCUGAGUGACACAGAUGUGGGACAGAUGUGUUAGCGCCUGGGACAAGGACAAUGAAACAACAACACAACUAAGGACACCAGCUGGGUCCAGUCCUUCUGGAAUGCUGGAAGCUUUGCCUUUAAGACAAUAGGAGUCCCAGCUUUGGACGGCUGAUUGGACGGUAUUCCAGACACUCUUGUACAUUCAUUUUGUUUUGCCAAAGCAGUUUUAUUGUAUUCUAUUUUAUUUGAUGAGAAAUAGAAAGUAGAUUUUAUUUUGGGGGGGGGGGGGGGGAAAUCAUGCCAUUACGAAACUACAAUUAUUAUUUCACCAAAAUGAACCUUUUUUAGAUGAGCUUUAUCGAUCAAAAAUGACUGUUUAUUGCACAUGCACGGCUGCAGCGACACACACACACACACACACACACACACACACACACACACACACACACACACACAGGGUAUUUGGCUGCAGGGAAGAGGGGGAGCGUGGGUCUGGGGGGUCCUUGACCUGGUUGAUCUGAGUGCCUCUCAACUCGUCAAUCAAAACGUCUCACAAGUAAUCCUCCCGUUGGUAAGAGGGUAAUGUAGCGCGUGGUGAUUGUCUGUGUGUACGUUUGUGUGUGUGUAUGAGUGCGAGAUUCUUCGUGGAAUGUUAAUGAUUGUAUGUGUGUGCGCAUCUAACCGUGUGGGUACAUCUGUCCGUACGUGUUUGCGCGUGUGUGUGUGUAUGUGUGCGGCCCGACUCUUUGUUCAUCUUCUGUACUUGCUGUUGGGUAUUUAUGAAAUGUCCCCAUUCCAUCAUUAACACCUCAUUAACACCCAUACUAUUUCCCUCUCCUCUUUUGAGAUUCUGUUUUAUUCCCCUUAACAGAAUGCAAUGACGCCACUGUGCUUAAUGUGUCCGGGUUGUUCACAUUAGAAACAGAAGCUAAACUUCUCUGUGUGUGGGAAAAGCCAGAUGAGUAUCAUUCCAUUAGCCCAGCCUUUCCUUUUGCGCACGUAGAAAUGCCUUUUUGUGGCGCUGAAGCGACAUGUAUCGCCCUUGUAAGUCUAUAGCCCGUGUGCGUGUCACCGAGGUUUUAUUUAGUUUCUGCACGAGGCGAAUGGCCUUUGCGUUGCUGAAUAGUGCACAAUAUCGGACAAACAAAAUACUAUUGCAUCACACAAGCACUUCAGUAGAGUUUACGUGCUUGUGUGAGCACUAGAGGUUUAUUUCUAGAACCAAGAAAAGCAAACAGGAUAAUCUGCCAUUAUGUUUAAAAGACAGUCUUUUAAGAAGUUUUGUUUUGUCAGAGCUGUUAAAUGGCUGCCUCACUUUGGGCUGAUGCUGACGAACAAGUUUGUGACAUUAUAAAAACAUGUCUCAUUACUUUAGCUACUUAUCGAUAACUGAAACCCUAUAUCUUCCAAAAACCUGGCCAAAGGCCUUAUUUCCCUGAAACAUACUAAUUAUGUCUGGUUCGUAAGCUCCUGUUUUGUUUGUUCUGCAGUCUAGGCGGUUUUAUAGUCCCGAGGCAGGUUUAUAGGACCUUAUAUUUAAAAUGACUCUUGUCAGGGGCAAACAACCAAACUGCUCUCCUGAACUCUGAAGCCCAUGUGAACUCAUUCACAUCAACACAAACCUGACCAAUCACACAGGUUUGAAUUCAAAUGUUGAAUUCUGUUUAGAUUCUGUGUUGCCGGGCAGGGUAGCCUCUAGAUAACAGCUGCUCUCUGUGGAAGCCACAUUUGAAAUGACUUGGGCACAGUUUGUUUCGAUAGCUUCAAAUUCAUUAAUUGUCUCAAUAGAAGCCCCCUCCCACGUCUCCUGCACAAGCAACACCCUCUCUCCUCAAAAGUCACUUGAAUUCUUGUAAAAUCAGUAGCACGCGAUACUAAGCCUCUUGGACUGAUUUGGAAUCAGUCCGACAUUAACACUCAACAAAAUAGGCUCUUUAGAAACAGCAAAUACAUUAAAACAUCAUCUUGCAGAGACAGAGGGCAAUCUAUCAAGUCAUGUCUAUUAAUAAAUCAAUCAAUACACUCAAUCAAGCACAACGAUCUUGACACAGAAGUAAGCAGGUAUUGUAUGUAUUGAACAAACCUUUUGCACUUGGGGCUGCUGGGUUAAGCUUUGGGCCUCUAUAUUUUACAGAGCGUUAAAGUUUUGAGUUCAAAUAUGGUGAACAUCUUUGACAUCAUACGCAUUACAUUAUUUUCUGUAAAGGAAAACAUGGUUAUUUUCAGAAAUAUGUGUACAGAAAUUCUAAGAUAUUUUGCUAGUCGGAAUUUGUUAAUAAAUAUGUCAAAAGAAGAUGCAUUUAUUUUUCAAAAAUACAUUUUUCUGAAAGUAUUAAAAAAGGCUUGUAACCUGUGAUGUGCUUUACAUUCAUGCAAAAAUGAUUUCCUUCAGCAUUAGCUGUAAUUAUUGUACAAUGUUGUUAUUUUAUGCAACAAAAAUCCUUUUUUUUGGUGGUCAGUGCCACUUGAUACGUCUCGAUUCUAUUAAUUUGAGUUUUAUUUUAUUUUUACAUUUUUUUAAAUGCAGUUGAUUCUGUUGUGAACUCACUUGCACAAGCACUUUUCUGUGAAUAAAUUAAGGUAGCAAAUCAACUUAAAACACAAAGCUCAGACAAAAUAUUAGAUUUAAUUAUCUCCAUUUGAUAUGAAUCUUUAGAUCUUUACUUGUUUUUUUUUUUACUCUUUGUCUCAAUAGUAUUUCCUCUUGGAUGUUUUAAUGCAAGUACAAGAUCACAGAGUACUUAAGAGAACGUCAGAGAUUAACAUCGCCAGUCAAGCUAGCCUUUGAUUUUCAUUCAAUUUAACUUUUUUCAAACUCUGGGUGUAAAUAUGAGGUGUAGCUCUCAGAAAGAGCUUGUUGUAUAUAAAAGACACACACACACACACACACACACACACACACACACACACACACACACACACACACACACACACACACACACACACACACACACACACACAC